GUUAUUAAAUGCUGCCCUGUUACUGCUGCACGGCUGAGCUGAUCUCUGAAUACAGCAGUCUCAUGAGAGGAGUCUUUGUAAAGCUUGGAUUUUUCCUACUCGUGUGGUUUUUGUGCGAAUGUACAAUAGGAACAGAAUCUGCAUACUGCAGAGUAGUUCUUAAGCAAAUAAGAGAGUUGAUCAAAGAAUUGUGAAUAUACUUGAAUGACCUACAAUCAAGAGAAAUGGAUUAAAACCUUUUUAGAACCUUUUAAAAUCAGCCUUGAAAUAAUUAGAAUUACCAACUAUGACAAACUAGAAAUACAGUAAAAAAAUGAAUGUUGAAAAAAUAGAGGAUAAGGGCUUUCAGUCUCCUUUAAUAAUGAGGGAUGAAAAUGGCAAUAAAUGUGUGUGCAACACAUCUGCAUCAACCUCUCUGAAUGGAAGCACUGGUAGUCAGUACCAAGAGCUGGAACAUGAAGACUACUUAGAAGUUAAAGAUACAAGAGAUAUUAAAAACACUUCUCCAAAUACUCAGUGCACUGAAGCACAAGACGUGCAGAAGGCUGCUGCUGCUGACUACGUCUGCGUGGGACCUUUGGAUCUGCAGGCCACACAUGUCCUGGCAGAGGAACAGUCUUGCAUGCAUGCCUCGAACCAGAAUUUCCUCGAGCCAGUGAAUCUUCUCAAAGACAGCCAUGCAAUGAACAAUAUCCAGAAUCACAGAAUUGAGGAAUCUGUGCCUUAUUCCCAGGCAGAUCUUAUGCAUUCAGUACACCUUGCUGCUUUGGGAUUAAAUAUAGAUACUGAAAUCGAAGAUGAAUUAGACUGUGCUCAAAUGGGACAGGAAGGUGCUAGUUCAAAUGACUCUACCAUUACUGUUGUAAACAUGUGGGAUAUAAUGGGGAGCAAGGGUUGUGAAAAGGGAUGUGCUCCUCAGGCAUUUGUAUCUUCUGGGGAAACAUGGACGAGAGACGGUUCCACAAGUCAUGCUGGUUUCCAUAAGCUAGAUUCCUCUGGCAACCCAAAUGUACCACUAAAUAGGGUGGUGCUACCUAUUUCACUGAUGGAAGGCGAGGUCACAAAUUAUAUUGACUUAGUAUCGCAGAAUAGAGAGUGUAAUGAAAAGCAAGAAAGACAGGAUGUUGAAUUCGUAGAUUUGGCUUGGAGUGACUCGCCAGGAUCACUUAACUGGGCCAAAGAUGAGCAUAAGAAGUGCAUGCAUAGCACACCUAAUGAAGAUAAAUGGCCAACCAAACCUGGAGUAGAUGAUGUCAUGGGUAGGCUAUGUCCUUUAGCCAUUCAGAGUUUUGAUGAACAUUCAGAAGAGUUUCACAAAGAUGGUGAGAUGUUGACCAAAGUACAAACUGUCUCCAAAGAAAGUGAGACUUUUCUUGAUGAGCAUGAAGUAUCUGAGACAGUACAAAAUGGUAUACCAAAGUUGGAAAGGGCUGUUAUGCCUGAGCCUAAGUGCCAGGGAACUUUUGUAGUUUAUAGUUCCACAGUUGAUGAACCUAUCACUUCUCCUUCUACAGCAGGAUCAAACAAUUUAACUUUUGCUGUUUUUGCCAUGCCAGCUGAAAUUGGUGAUGACAUUUCUAAAGCUGGAAAGAAUGGGCACUUGAUGAAAGAGCCCCCUAAGAGGGCUUCACUUGCAAGUAAUUCUGAACGAACUGCAGUAAAAAUACCCAACAGAUCUCCAUUUACAGCUACCAUAACCAAAGCCAGAAAAGCAGAGAUAGUGAGCUUUCCAAAACCGAACUUCAAAAAUGUGAAGCCCAAAGUUAUGUCCAGGCCUGUAUUGCAGUCAAAAGAGAGCAUUGCAUUAAAAGCAGCUCAAAGAUCACCUCAGCUAUCUACUACUUCCUCCUCAUCUCCAUCUUCUUCCCCAAGGCAACCAUCCUUUUCAGUUGCAGUGCUGAGAAAAAAACCUGUUGCUGAUAAAAGUACAAAAGCAGAAACACCAAUGAAUAAGACCCAUAAGCAACAUUUUAAUAAACACCUUCCUAGCCAAGUUGUGCAUGCUGCAACUCAUUCUGAAAACACUUCCCACAAGGUUCCAAAAACAUUGGCAUUAAAACAGAAUGUUGAACAGGCUGAUAAAGCAAGGUGUCCUGGUUCAACAUGUGCUUCUGUUUCUGCUGCUGUGGCUGUAACGUGCUUGCAGAACUCAGGUGGGACCAUAAAUGACAAAAUGGAAACUGCAGAAUCCUGGGUCCAGCCUUGUGAUUUUAAUUUUGGUCAAAUACCUCUAGAGGAGCAGCAGAAUGACGGUCGGGGAGUUUCAACAGAAGGGUCUGACCAAGAAGCCACAAAUGAAGCUUUUGGACUUAGGAAUAAUCAGUUGGUUGCUUCAUCUAAAGAGGCAGCACAAGGACAGAGUUUACCUAAAGACAGUCCUGUCAUCUUAAGAAGUAUGCCAGCAUCCAGGAUUACAUUCCGCUCUAGAAGAGGAAGUGAGAGUAAAAAUGUUCACCCAAUCAAAGUUUCAACUCCUCAAAGAGGAAUUAAAUCAUUGUAUUCUGGAGCAGAAAUCCUUUCUCCUAAAGCGAGGCUUGCUUCUGUGAAAGCCUCGCCAGGAUCUUGGACCAGUUCUGGAAAAUCGAUUCCCAAAUCAACGUUGCCCAUCAAAGGACCAGAAUUUUGGAGAACCCCUAGCAUCUCUUCAGUCAGCAGCACUCAGAGCGACCAAAGUACUUGCAGCGAUAACUCUACAAGUACUACAGUUAUAAUAAAGAAUGGAGCGUGGCCUUCCAAGUCUGUUUGUCAAAAUGGUACAGCUGGAUCAAUCACUAUAAAGCCAGUGCCCAGGCCGAGAGUGCAUUCCCUGAAGAACACCCCAAAAGGGGCAAAAAGCAAGUUGGGCUCAGUGAGCCAAUGUGUGCCAAAAUCAGCCGGGUCACUUUCAGGAAGAAAACCCAGUGAUCCAAGAGGAAGUCAGCGAACAGGGCCUUUAGGACAGAAUGGUCCCCGAAAUUUGUCGGCGUUCAGUUCUGUUGACAAGGGUAAGCAGAAGAAUCCUAAGAACUCAUGCAUACAAACCCGGGCUUCUACCGAAGUGCAUUCACCAGAAACAAAAACACACGAGUUGACACAGUACAAAAGAAAAUGUGAAAACCAAAGUGGAAUUAUCCAACAACUGAAGAAAUGCUUGGCAAGUGGUAAUCGGACAUUUGAAGCAUUAGCUCUUGUGAUCCAACACUUGCAGUCUGAGAAGGAGGAAGCACUAAAACAACGCAAAGAGUUAUCGCUAGAACUUCUCAACCUUCGUGGAGAGUUGGUAACCGCUUCUACAGCCUGCGAGAAAUUGGAGACAGACAGGAAUGAACUACAAGCAGCUUAUGAAGGAUUUGUGCAGAAGCUGAACCAGCAGCACCAAAGUGAUCUGACUGAGCUGGAAGAGAGGCUAAAACAGUUCUAUACUGCAGAAUGUGAAAAACUUCAGAGUAUCUGUUUUGAAGAAGCUGAAAAAUAUAAAGCUCAGCUCCAAGAGCAGGUUGACAACUUGAAUAUUACACAUGAAAAUUUUAAGUUAGAAUUCGAAACCAGUCAUGCAGAAAAAAUUGAUGAACUGAAAAAGGAAUAUCAAUCAUCCUUUUCAGAGAUCAAGAAUGUCCAUGAACUGGAAAGACAGACCCUUGAAGAAUCUUUCUUAAAGAAACAAGAAGAACUAGAGAAAAAAAUUGCUGAAUUACAGAGUGAAAAUGAGUCCUUGAAUGAAAAGCUCAAGUUGGAAGAGCAAAAACGAAUAGCCAAAGAGAAAGCAAAUCAUAAAAACCCUCAUAUUAUGUAUCUGGAACAAGAACUGGAAAGUCUGAAAGCAGUUUUGGAGAUCAAGAAUGAGAAGCUACAUCAGCAAGAUAUCAAAUUAUUGAAGAUGGAAAAACUGGUGGAGAGCAACACAGCCUUAGUGGAGAAAUGGAGGAAACUUCAGCAGGAGAAUGAAGAAUUAAAAGCUCGGAUGGACAAACACAUGCAGCUAUCCAGGCAACUUUCCACUGAGCAGGCAGUUUUACAAGAGUCUCUGGAGAAAGAAUCAAAAGUAAACAAACGCCUGUCAAUGGAAAAUGAAGAACUUCUUUGGAAGCUACAUAAUGGUGACCUGUGCAGCCCCAAAAAACUGUCCCCUAGUACUCCUCCAAUGCCUUUUCAGUCACCAAGGAAUUCCAGCUCCUUCUCCAGCCCAAAUGUGUCACCUAGAUGACACCACUCUGAAGAGGGACUCUCCGUACAGGCAUUGUAUCCAUGAUCUGUAGAACUAAAAAGAUGGAUCGAGGGAGCAAAGAGCUAUAUUAGCUGAGUGUGACUGAAAUAUAACUGGAAACUACUGUCAUGAGAAGUAGCUGUAACAUACUCCAAGUAUGUAGGCUUGAAACUAUGCUCCUCUUUUCUAAAGAAAACAAAAAGACUUCAGUAAUAACCUCUCUGAACAUUGUUGCACAAAGCACUUAAAAGAGCAAGUUGAGUCUUGUUCAUUUUUGCCUUUUUCACCUAACUAUAAGGAAAAAAAAUGCUCAGGGGCUUAUAAGUGAAAGAUCACAACCUUUAAUACGUUCCUUACCUGUAGACACCUUCUUGAGACUCUGGGUGUGGCAUGAAUGAAUGGUAUGUAGCACACCGAGUGUGUCUGAUGCUACCGCCUUUGCCGUGUAUAUUAUAAAGAACAAAAGCUGAAAAAUAUAGUGACAUGGACUUCAUGAAUAAAAUAUUGUCAUUAUGCAUGUUUUAUCAAAGAUUUUUCCCUCACGGGGACUGAAGAAAAGCUGCCACUUGUGCUAUGUGUUCAUCCUUAUCUAUCUGCUUCAGUUUAGUAAGAGGAUGAAAGAAAAUGCUAUUUCUGUUAGAUUUGUCAGUGUCUGCCUAUUUCAUAGUGGAAAUUUAUAGAGACUGAUAAUCUCUUAAACCAUAAUACAUUGUUCAAAAGGUUUUUUAAGCUUCCCUACUUCUACAAUACUAUAUAGGAAUUGGAUGCCCCCCUCCCACAACUACUCUUCCUCCUUCCCCAUCCCUUUUUAAAAAUCAUGGUAGAAAAUCCAGUCGUGGAGCCCCUCUCUCCUGAGUGUGAUGGCAGCUGUCAAAAGUGACUAGCGGACCAAGGGGCUGAACUUGAGCCAGGAACACAAAAUUUCAAAGCAAAGGAGAAGAAACAUUCAAAUGCUAUUCUCCUACCAGUCCAAGAGGUUGUGUAAACCUGCAAAUACUUUUCUUCCCCUUUGCAUUGUAAAAAAAACAAAAAUUCUUAAUUUGAGUUGUCAGUUUGCACUUUAGUCAGUAAUUGCUAUAGAAGAGAUCCAUACCCAAUUUAUAUGUAACAUUUAUCCACACUUUCCAAUCCAUGGCUAACUCUGCAUCUUCAGAUUUUUCAUUUACCAAAGCUUUCUUUUAUCUUCUUGAAUCAGAAAAAGAUCUACUGUUUUGCAGAAAUGACAUGUUAAAGAUGCGCAUAUGUAACAUUUGAUAUUGCAUUACAAAUUGAAAGAUGACAUGGUGCAUGUCUUCUCUUGUUAACAACCUGGUCACAGUUUAUUUUUAAGAUUUAUUGUCUUGUAAGUACAAAUGCACUCUUUAUUGUUGAAUAUUGUCUGUUUUCAGAUCUAGAGGGCACUGUUGCGUGCUAUGGUUUAGUGUGUAGUCGUCAUGACCACAUCCAAGAAUGCACUGGUAAUUCCUUUGCUUAACCAUAGCUGAAGAUCUUGAGAAACAUCAGAGAUUUCCUUGCCUCUUCAUUUAAAACUGGAGAAAGGCAUCUAGGAAAAUCUUCAGUAAACUUGAAAAACAAAAUGUCAAACCAAAAGUUUGGUCUAAGAUGCAGAAAUGUUGGCUCUAAAAGGAGGUUUUAGUUAUGCUCAUUUUGUAAUUCUAGACAUAUUAUAUACUCUAAUACGAAGCAUUCAAGGAUAAAAAUAUUUUAAUUUUACAUACUGUAUAAAGCGUGCCUCCCCCUGUGGAACAUGUUAUUUGCCCUUAUCCAUUUAUGGCACUGUACAUGCCACCAUAGCUAGAGCUGUUGGCACUUCUAAAUAAACGGUUGUCCAGAGUUUGAUUUAUAGAACCAUGAAAUCCGCUGUAGGCUGAAACUUGGUUUAAGAGUAUGUCUUGGAGCAAUUUUUUUCUUUGGCAAGGUCAAAUUUGAUCAUAUGUACUUGCGUGUUAAAAAUUAAAAUAAAUUUUUUUAAUUAG